AUGAGCAAUCCUUGUGGAGAAGUCUGGGAUGAAAUCACGCAACAAGACGUGCCCAAGGUGGACACCAAGUCUUUCGGUCUCCUCUGCUUCAUCUUGAACAUCUUUUUCCCGGGCAUCGGAUCGAUCGUAGCCGGGCUCAAGGGAGACAAGACAUCCACCAUGAUCGUCGGAGUCCUUCAGUUCGUGACCUCCUGGUUCAUCCUCGGGUGGAUUUGGAGCAUCUGUCCUUUGUCAAACGCCUAA